GAUUAAGUACCUUAAUUUUAUUUCAACAAAAGCGUAUGUGUAAAAUGUAACAUGCACCUUAAAUCUUAAUACAAAUUACGUAUCGAAAUGUCAAAUUUAAAUUGACAUUUCGAUUGACAUUUAAAUUGACGUAAAAGACAUGACUCCAAAGUAUUAAUAAAUAGACUUUAUAUAUUUUAAGAAAAAUAAAAAUUGACGACUGGAAUAAUUUUUCCAAAUUUUAAAUAUUGAUACAAAUUAAUUAGCCUCGGAUAGAUCAGAGCUCAGCAGAUUCAACAAAUAAAAAAGAUAUUUUGACAGCUCUUGAGUUUGACAUAAUAAACUAUGAGUUCAAAAAUGAAGGAUAAUGAAGAAAGCGAAAGACUUGGUGAGAGUUCAUCAUCAUCUGUAGUAAAAUCAGAAUCAAAUUCUAAUAAAUUUUGGCCUAAAUUAGAAGCACUGUCUGGUGUUGAAAUACCAGUUUAUAUUAAAAACAUAUUGCGUUUAAAUAGUUUUGAUAAUUAUCUUUCAUUUUGUAGUUUAAAUUUGGAAAUGUUAAGUGAAUUAGAAACUUUUGUCAAAGAAGAUAUGCUAGAUUUAAUUGAAGAUGAUUGUAAUCUUCAAAAUUACUUUGGUAUUUAUCAUAAAAAUCCAACGAAAUUUCGUUUUUUAAUGGGUGAUAAAGCAUUAUUAAUUAGACUAGUUGCAUUGGUAAAUGAUAAAUUAGAUCUUGAUUAUUGGAAUCCACCACCACCAGUUAAAAAACCAGAAAAUAAAAAUCAAUUAAAAAUUAAAUUAUCUGAAACAGAUAUUAAAAUGGAAGAAACAAAAUUAGAACAAAUGAUACAAAAUUCACUUCAUAAUUUAGCUCAAAAAAAUUGUGAUAAUGAAUUGUGUCAAGGUUUUGCAACAAUUACAACUGAUGAACUUGACAUUCAAGUGACAGUUAAAGAAAUUACUGGUGAUGAUAAUACUGAUUCAUUUACUUAUAAUGCAAAAUUAAAAUGUAUUUUAUGCUCAUCUGUUAUAACAAUGGCAAAACAAAUGAGAGGAUGGAUUAUUUCAAAUUACAUGAGACAUUUACAAAGUCAUAUAUUGUCACCCGAUGAAAAAAGACAAUCUAAAAGAAGAAAAUCAUCAAAAAAUUCACUCAACAAUACAUCAUAUAAUUGGGAUGAUGAUGAUGAUGAUGAUUCAAUGCCAUUUCAUGAACAAGCUGAUGAUCCUUUGCAAGAUUCAAUUGAUACAAAAACAUCAACAUCAUCUAGCAAUAAAAAAAUAAAAAAUAAUUCUUCACCAAAUGAAGAGUAUAAAAAUGUCAAGCAAAUAGUGUCAACAAUAAACUGGCCAUCAAAUCAAUACAAACAAUUACAAUGUUAA